AUGCAUCUCGCGAAGCUUUGGAUCCUGCUCGUCGUCCACAGCCCGGCGGCUUACUCCCGCUUCCGAUGCAACGACGGCUCGGAACCAGAUUCGGUCCAAGGCGUCUGUGUGAAGCCAAUCGAUCUACUGACCGAUCCCCAUAAGGUGCCCGAAUAUUUGAAGCCGCGCUUGAUUAAUAAAAACUACAUUGUGAUGGAUGCCACAUGGCUAUUCGACGAUCGCUAUACCUGCAAGGACCUGAAGGUUGCCGACGUAGCCCCACCGGAAAGGUACUGCUGUAUCCGUGAACCGGAAGAGAUUAGCAAAUAUACGCGCUCUAAGACGCAUCAAGAAAUGGCUGAUCUUCAUUGUUAUACUCGUGACGGAAAGAAAAAAUCCCGAUGA